CACGGGGUCACUGCUUCAAAUCCUCGAGGAGUACCUUCGACUGUCUCUUUACUUCAUCAUCAGAUCAACUCUACACCUUCGAAAAAAUGUAAUAGCUUCAAAUAUUACCUAUAUAAAAUAUUAACAACCGCUCUAGUCGCACAAUUUUGAAAAUUUCCAUAGGAUCCCAUCAUCAGAUUUUGACCUGGUGGGAAUGGGACCACCCCGAGAAUAUUACCUUUCCAAUAAAAAAAGAAUCAUCAAAAUCCUUCGAUGAACGCCAAAAAAAUCGGGUAACAUACACAGAAAAAAAAACAACACAGUCGAAUUGAUAAACUCCUCCUUAAUGGGAAGUCGGUUUUAAAAUAAUAAUACCGGCGGAAUGUAAGUCAAAGUCACCCAGAAAGGGUUUUUUUUUUGUGAAGGGGGAGGUAGGUGGAUUAACCUAAAAUUUUUAAAUUGAACUAAACUUAUGGUGACUCAGAUCAAGAGAUUAAUAUCCGCCAGGAUGUUAGAUAAAUUUGUUGUCGAAUGUAAUGUAAUGUGUAUUAUGAUUAAUAUAUCAAAACUAGUCGUUAUUUUGUAUUAUGUUCAGUAAAUAAUUCAGUUGAUUAUUUGUAACUGCUACAGUUAGUCCACUGAACAUGAAAAUGUUACAGAAUUGUAUAGCUCUUAUAUUCUGCGGUACAGCAGUUUUUCUGAUUGUUGACGUGCAGUCAGAGCACUGCAAGAAGACAAGACCGGAGACAUACUUGACGACAGAUAAGAUUUCUUACAGCUAUGUGACUUACGAAAAUGGGAUUAUACGUUCGCACAUAAAGAUAAAGACGAUAACUAAAAUGGUUUAUAGAGCACGCGAAAUAUUAGGCCAUUGUGACAGUACCUGGAAGGCCGAUUUUAUCUUGCAGAGGUUUAAACGUAAACGUCUCUGCAACGAACAAUGUAUUAAUGGACUAUGUGAUAUGUUUGGCAACUGUGUAUGCUAUUCUGGCUAUGCAGCACAAAACGGCACUUGUGUGCCCGUAUGUGACCGUUGCUCGUACGGCACUUGUAUCGCACCGGAUAUUUGCCAAUGUGAUUUAGGAUAUGAAGUAAAUGUGAAAGGUGAAUGUACACCAAAAAGUAAUACAAGUGAUUGUUUCCCUGGCUACACAGCGGUCAAUAAUACUUGUGAACCUUACUGCUCAAAUGGGUGUCCAGAUGGGUUUUGUGCAGCUCCGGAGACAUGUUUUUGUCUGGACGGCUUUCGUGAAGACAAAGAUGAAAAUGGAACGAAUAUAUGCAGACCGAUAUGUUCCACUGCAUGUGGCCCAGGACUUUGUGUAGCUCCAGAGGUCUGUAAAUGCUUCGAAGGAUACGAAGCCGAAUAUGUGGACAAGUUUAGAGGUGUACAAUGUUUGCCAGUGUGUGAGGAUUGUGAGGGCACCUGUAUUGCUCCGAACAAAUGCGUAGCAAACGAGUCUCCUCACUUUAGUGAGCCAAAUAACAAAACAUCAGCAGGUACAACAAGAACUACAACGGAGUCUACUUCUACUACACAUUUAUACUCUAUCGCUUCUGUGUUCCCAAUACUUGAGAGAAACAAAACAAUAGAACCAUUUGCUGAAAAUUAUAAUAAAUCUAAAACUAUACACGAAGAAUUCUUAAGAAAGUCGCAAAAUCAACAAGAUGGAGUAUCUAUUUUAAUUUCAAUAAUAAUCGGUAGAAAUAAUUGUGGAAAAUACAACAUUUCAGUUUCAGACGGACAAAGCGAGAAUUAACUUUUAAAUAAAAGAACUUCAGAUACCUUUUUUGGAUGUCAUAUGAAUGAGUUUUGAAGUUCUUAUGACUUAACUUACUUUGUGUGCUGACGUCACCUAUCCUGUCAUACCAGAAGCAGACCAUCAAUUAGCUUGUUUAUUAUUAUAAGAUAAAGUUAAAAUGAGAUCUAACAUACCAGAAUUUCUCGUCAGCUGUGAUUUUGAUCACUAAGAUCUAUUGCAUAAAAGAGAAUUAACUAGUGUUAAUUUACUAGAUAGGAUAAAAUUAACCUGGAAAUAAACUAGAACUGAAACUAGAGUCCUCUAGUGAGGCAAAAACAACAUUUCUUAUUCUAUUGGUGUUUCUCCAACUUGUUCGAGACAAUGAGUGUUAUUUCGCCAGAAUGUUUACAUUAAGCAAUUUUUAUGACGUGGUCAUCUAGAUCUGAUCUGAACUGAAGACAAAAUAAUUAUUAUCAUUUUUUACAUUUUGAUUCCCUAAUUUAAGGUAUACAUAAUAAAUAUAAUCUAAUGAUUGUUUACAUUACUUGCAUUUUUGAAGUUGUAUUUUAUAGUUAUAUUUGGGAACUUAUGUAUUAUUUUUAAUUUAAUUUUUAUAACAAUACCUAAUGUAUGAAUAAAAGAAAGUAUAAAGAUGAAGUAACUACUUAU